AUGGAGUUUGUGCGGGCGCUGUGGCUGGGCCUGGCGCUGGCGCUGGGGCCCGGGCCGGGGCCCGCGGGGGGCCACCCGCAGCCGUGCGGCGUCCUGGCGCGCCUGGGGGGCUCCGUGCGCCUGGGCGCCCUCCUGCCCCGCGCGCCCCUCGCCCGCGCCCGCGCCCGCGCCGCCCUGGCCCGGGCCGCCCUGGCGCCGCAGCUGCCGCACAACCUGAGCGUGGAGCUGGUGGUCGCCGCGCCCCGCGCCCGCGACCCCGCCUCGCUGGCCCGCGGCCUGUGCCAGGCGCUGGCUGCUCCGGGCGUGGCGGCCCUGCUGGCCUUUCCCGAGGCGCGACCCGAACUGCUGCAGCUCCACUUCCUGGCGGCCGCCACCGAGACCCCGGUGCUCAGCGUGCUGCGGCGGGAGGCGCGCGCGGUCCUCGGAGCCCCGAACCCAUUCCACCUGCAGCUGCACUGGGCCAGCCCCCUGGAGACGCUGCUGGACGUGCUGGUGGCUGUGCUGCAGGCGCACGCCUGGGAGGACGUUGGCCUGGCCCUGUGCCGCACCCGGGACCCCGGCGGGCUGGUGGCCCUCUGGACGAGCCGGGCCGGCCGCGCCCCACAGCUGGUCCUGGACCUAAGCCGGCAGGACGCCGGAGACGCGGGGCUGCGGGCACGCCUGGCCCCGAUGGGGGCACCCGUGGGGGGUGAAGCCGCAGUACCCGCGGCAGUCCUCCUCGGCUGUGAUGUUGCCCACGCCCGUCGGGUGCUGGAGGCUGUACCUCCCGGCCCCCACUGGCUGUUGGGGACGCCACUGCCUCCCAAGGCCCUGCCCACUGCGGGGCUGCCGCCGGGGCUGCUGGCGCUGGGCGAGGUGGUACAACCCCCGCUGGAGGCCGCCGUCCAUGACGCCGUGCAGCUGGUGGCCCGGGCGCUGGGCAGUGCCGCACAGGUGCAGCCGGAGCGUGCCCUCCUCCCCGCCGCGGUCAACUGUGAGGACCCGCAGCCGGCCGGCCCUGAGUCCCCCGGGCGCUUCUUGGCACGGUUCCUGGCCAACACGUCCUUCCAGGGCCGCACGGGCCCCGUGUGGGUGACAGGCAACUCCCAGGUACACGUGUCUCGGCACUUCAAGGUGUGGAGCCUGCGCCGGGACUCACAGGGUGCCCCGGCCUGGGCCACGGUGGGCAGCUGGCGGGAUGGCCGGCUGGACUUGGAACCGGGGGGUGCCGUGGCAAGGCCCCCACCCCCGCCAGGCACCCAGGCCCGGCCCAAGCUGCGUGUGGUGACGCUGGUGGAGCACCCAUUCGUGUUUGCCCGUGAUCCCGAUGAAGACGGGCAGUGCCCGGCGGGGCAGCUGUGCCUGGACCCCGGCACCAACGACUCGGCCACCCUGGACGCACUGUUCGCCGCGCUGGCCAACGGUUCGGUGCCCCGUGCCCUGCGCAAGUGCUGCUACGGGUACUGCAUCGACCUGCUGGAGCGGCUGGCGGAGGACACGCCCUUCGACUUCCAGCUGUACAUCGUGGGUGACGGCAAGUACGGCGUCCUGCGUGACGGCCGCUGGACGGGCCUGGUCGGGGACCUGCUGGCCGGCCGGGCUCACAUGGCGGUCACCAGCUUCAGCAUCAACUCCGCCCGCUCCCAGGUGGUGGACUUCACCAGCCCCUUCUUCUCCACCAGCCUGGGCAUCAUGGUGCGGGCGCGAGACACGGCCUCACCCAUCGGCGCCUUCAUGUGGCCGCUGCACUGGUCCAUGUGGCUGGGCGUGUUCGCCGCCCUGCACCUGACCGCGCUCUUCCUCACCCUGUACGAGUGGCGCAGCCCCUACGGGCUCACGCCACGCGGCCGGAACCGCAGCACGGUCUUCUCCUACUCCUCGGCGCUCAACCUCUGCUACGCCAUCCUCUUCGGUCGCACCGUGUCCAGCAAGACGCCCAAGUGUCCCACAGGCCGUCUGCUCAUGAACCUCUGGGCCAUCUUCUGCCUGCUGGUGCUGUCCAGCUACACGGCCAACCUGGCCGCCGUCAUGGUCGGGGACAAGACCUUCCUGGAGCUGUCCGGAAUCCACGACCCAAAGGUGGGCGGCCUCGGGGGGGCGGGGGGGCUGGGGGCUGCCCCAGGCCGGGCUGCGAGGGGCAGGGGUGCUGACCUCAGCGUCGCCGUGCUCACGAGCGACCCCCCCAAGCUCAACGCCUUUAUCAUGGACAAGUCGCUCCUAGACUACGAGGUCUCCAUCGAUGCGGACUGCAAGCUGCUGACUGUGGGCAAGCCCUUCGCCAUCGAGGGCUAUGGCAUCGGACUGCCCCAGAACUCUCCGCUCACCUCCAACCUGUCCGAGUUCAUCAGCCGCUACAAGUCCUCCGGCUUCAUUGACCUGCUGCAUGACAAGUGGUACAAGAUGGUGCCUUGCGGGAAGCGAGUGUUUGCGGUGACAGAGACCCUGCAGAUGAGCAUCUACCACUUCUCGGGCCUCUUCGUGCUGCUGUGCCUGGGCCUGGGCAGCGCUCUGCUCAGCUCCCUGGGCGAGCACGCCUUCUACCGCCUGGCGCUGCCUCGCAUCCGCAGGGGGAGCAGGCUGCAGUACUGGCUGCACACCAGCCAGAAAAUCCACCGCGCCCUCAACACGGAGCCGCCAGAGGCGUCAAAGGAGGAGACGGCAGAGGUGGAGCCCAGCGGCCCCGAGGUGGAGCAGCAGCAGCAGCAGCAGCAGCAGGACCCGCCGGCGGCUCCGGAGGGCUGGAAACGGGCGCGCCGGGCCGUGGACAAGGGGCGCCGCGUGCGCUUCCUGCUGGAGCCUGCCGUGGUUGCGGCGCCCGACCCGGACGCGGAGGCAGAGGCUGCGCCGCCAGAGGGCCCCACCUGGCUGUGCUCCAAUGGCCGCCCGUCAGCCGCGAAGCCCACGGGGCCCCCCCGGCCCGGGGAGCUGCAGGAGCUGGAGCGCUGCAUUGAGAGCGUGCGGGAGCGGCUCCGCCAGGCCCUGGUGCGGCGCGGCGAGCUGCUGACACAGCUCGGGGACAGCGCGCGGCACCGGCCUCUGCGCCUGCUUCAGGCCAGGGCGGCCCCCGUGGAGGCAUCACCGCACCCGGACUGAUGGGGUUGCCGGGAGUGAGGCGGCCUCUGGGGUCCUGGGGAUCAAGACACACAGCGUGCUGGGCCGCUGUCAACAGACAGUUUAUUCUAUAUACAAACACAAUUUUGUACACUGCAAUUAAAUAGAAUGGAAUGAGCUCUCCUC